AUGGUUGCUUUCCUAAAGACCACAUUCACAAUCAUUUUCCUUGUGGGAUUCAUAAUUGGAAGUUCAGGGAAUGUAUUCAUAGCACUGGUGAACUGCAUGGACUGGGUCAAGAGAAGAAAGCUCUCCUCAGUGGAUCAAAUUCUCACUGCUUUGGCAAUCUCCAGAAUUGCUCUCCUUGUGUUAGAACUCCUAGCAUGGUGGUUUUCUGUAUUUAACAAAACUUUCUUUGUGGAAGGAAAUAGGUUAACAAUAAUUAAUAUUGCCUGGGCAGUGACAAAUCAUUUUAACCUGUGGUUUGCUACCUGCCUGAGCAUCUUUUAUUUAUUCAAAAUAGCCAAUUUUUCUAAUUUUGUUUUUCUCUACUUAAAGUGGCGAAUUAAACAGGUGGUUUCAGGGAUAUUGUUGGUGUCCCUGUACCUCUUGGUUUUACAUAUUGUACUGAUAAAAACAAGUUUUGACACCUGGAUUGAUGGGGAUAAACAAAAUCUGUUCUACAAUUCUAGUUUUCUGAACUAUGCACAGUUUUAUAGAUUUGUCUUGAUCCAAAACCUUAUGUUCAUAUUGAUACCCUUUGCUAUGGUCUUGACAGCAUUUUUGCUGCUGAUCUUUUCCCUGUGGAAACAUCUGAAGAGAAUGAAGCAGAACUUGGGAGGAUCCAGGGAUGUCAGCACCACAGCACACAUCAAGGCCCUGCACACUGUGGUAGCCUUCCUCUUUCUUUAUAUCAUCGUCUUUCUGUAUCAUGUUGUAGAAAUAUGGACAGUUGAAUUGAAAAACACCCUGAGCAGUUUUUUGGUGAAGAUUACUGUAAUAACUUUUCCUACUGGUCACACAUGUGUACUGAUUUGGGGACAUAUUAAGCUUAGAGAAAACUUGUUUAAGAUACUUCAGUGGCUUAGGACCUGGUUCAAAGAUGGAGAACUCUGGGGUCCAUAG